CCCAUCUACGGCACCACACCAAUGUCAAAUACUCCCUCAACUUCACAGGUUCUCAAGGAUUACAUUGAUAUAAUAAAUACACCAAAGAAGGCUUCCCCUUUACCCUCUGCUUCUAGGACUGCCACCCCUCAGACAUCUCGUUCCAAACACCCAGAUAUCCAAUACUUCCAAAGAGUGAAAGCGAAAAAUCACUUCACAUACCACAAAUCCAAGCUACAUGGCAGAAUCGUGGACAAGAUACAAUCUAAAAUGACUGUUUUCGAUCCUUAUAAUCAUGAGCAGCUUUUAGUCAGGUUGAGAAGUUUCACCCCGAUGAACUGGCAUGUACCGGAAGAGGACGACGGCUUGAACGAGCUCAAAUGUGCCAGAAACGGAUGGAAAUGUCUUUCAUUCUCCAUCACCAACCAUACUAAGAACCACCUUCUUUGUACCAACUGUAACAAACUGUUGGUCUUGAAGUUUGGAAGCGAGUCACCCAAAUCGGCAUCCACCAUAUUCCCAUUUGAAGAGGAAACGGAGCCAGAAAAUGAGGAAGAAUUAAACAGGUUGCUUAAACAGAAGUACUUGCAGCAAAUAGUCAUAGAUGGCCAUAGUAGUGGUUGCUCGUGGAGAAAUUUUGAAACUCCCCUUGAAGGAAUCUAUUAUUUAAGGCCGUACAUCAAUAUCACCAAUGAGCUUUUGAUAAACGACUAUCUUAAGAACCUCAAGAACUUGAUUGACAAUUGGGUGGUCUUGUCAGAAUUUAAGGAGUACUUCGAAGACUCCUUUGUUGCCUCCUCGGCAGAUCCCGCCUUUUUGAAAAUCUCCAAUCAGUGGUUGUUACAAAGAUAUUUCAAAGAAAACAAAGAAAAUUUAUCCAUAUUAUUAGAAAUGAUUCCUUCUUGGAUCUACACCUUUUCCAUGUUGGGAUGGGCUUUAAACGUGCAGACAUUUUCAGACCAAGUGAUCUUAUUACUUAUUUGUAAUAAGUGUAAUCAAAGAAUAUUUUUGAAUUUGGAAAAGCAUUCGUCAUCUCCUCAACCAUAUCUCCAUUUGUCUUCGUCCAAGAUCUUGACACCUUGUAAAUAUCCUAUACCAAACCCACAGCUCCCGGGAUAUCAAGAUGAACAGCAUGAAGAGACAGUGAAAUUUAAUCCAUACACAGAGCAUAAGGAUUGGUGUUGUAAUGUCCAUAGAAUGACUACUUCAGAAGUUAACUCCGACCUAAAAAUUCACCAGUAUUUCCACGAUAUGUUUUUGAAUUCCAAGUCCAAUAUUGGCCCUAAUGGUGAAUACGUUCAGGCAGAUGAGGACUUAAGCAUGGAUUGUACUGAGUCGCUGGCAAAGAGACGAAAGUCGUUUGAUAUUAAUGAGGGCAUUGAAAAGUUGAAUAAGUUGAGAAAGCUUUAUAUGCUAGACGAAUAACCACUCAAUAUGCGAGGCAUAAAGUUGUCUUCUGGAAGUCAACCAUAGAUAAUAUGUAAUAUUAAUGCGAUAAACUAGUACAAAUUACAAAUUGGUAUGUAGAGAAGUGAAGGUGCC